AUGGCAACCACAGCAGACACAGGCAUAGCCUCUCAAGGAGACGCCUCACCCAAACCCGGCUUCAAACGCGUCUAUCAAGCCUGCGAAAACUGCCGGCGCAAGAAACAGCGCUGUAACUUGGGAGAUCCAGCCAGUCCAAACCCACCCUGCCAUACCUGCCGCAGAGCAAGUCUACCAUGUGUGCUCCCUAAGAAGAAGCGAAAGGGCCGUCCUCCGAAGACAUCUCGCGACGGUCGAAGCAGAACUGCAGUUGCGAUUACUCCGAACCCUGGUAAUAGUGCAGGUUGUGAUUCCACGUCUCACCCCGCGUGGCAGGCAUCUAUGGGUUCGUUCGAGCCUGUUGUUGAGAGCCGUGACGAUGUCUCUAGCUCUGGGGGUAGUCUCGAUCAAACACCAACGAGCUACGAGCAGCAGAUGGCUAGUCAAAGGCUGGCGAUGUUCCCAUUGCGGAAUACAUCAGAUGCCAUAAGACUGUUAGACCAGACAGAGGGUAAAUCUGGGGAUGAUCGAGGGCCGAAUACUCAGGAUGUACACCAAGAUGAACAGCAUGGGACUCCAGGCGAAACAGCAAAUAUUCUGGGUUCAAAUGUUUCCAGUCCACCCUUCUUCCUAAUUCAAGAAGGAUUCAUCGACGAAACGGCUCUAUUCAGGCUUUUCAGUUUCUAUGUUCGCUCUGUCCAUCCGGUUACGCCGUUGAUACCCUAUAAACGAAUGCAGAUCACACCGGAGCAUAUCCUGAAAAUGGCAGGCGAAGAACCGCAUUUUAUGGCUGCAAUUCUAGUGGUUACGGCCUCUCUAGCGGGUGACCAGGCGCUGCAUGACCGGCUAUGGCAGAGGGUGCAGAGUCUUUUUGCAGAGGUGGCAAUAAAAGGUGUAGAUGCGUCUAUCGAGGUUAUUGAAGGGUUGAUACUACUCUCUGAAUAUCCCCCGAACAUGGGCCACGGCACCGGACUUGGUGAUGAGGAUCGAAUGUCGUGGAUGACUGUCGGAACAGCUGUAAGGUUAGGAUAUCUCCUCGGGCUUGAGAAAUUGGGAAUGCAAGCAGAGGAUUUGGACGAGAAGCUAGCCCAUGAUCGCGAUAGGGGAAAGGUCGCUUGGAGCUAUUGCUACUUGCUCGACCGGCAGAUUUCUAUACGCGUAGGGAAGGCCUUCUGGCAUAGGAGCCCUGGAAUGACGCAUCAGCAUCUGCACAUGGAUCCUGCUGAAGACUUUCCUGAGAUGCGCGACAUACCUGGUGUGCAGGACGACUAUGCUGGGUAUCUGCAGUGUCUGGUGCAUAUAACGCAGGUCCUUUCGAAUGCCCACGACCUCUUGUAUCCUUCUAAAAGCCGCUCAGCAGCUUUGGCAAAGGCUGAGCACUACUAUAAACAUGUUGACGAGUUUACAGAGACGCUAUCCGCAUUCCGCAGUCGAUGGCAGAAGAAGACGUGGCGGACUUAUCCUAUUAACGAAUGCGUUUGGAUAACAUUUCACCAUCUCCGGCUGUAUAUCUACUCCUUCUCUUUGCAAGCAUAUAUGCAGCGGGCUGGUGGAAAUGACACACAUCGCCCUUUGAAUUAUUUUCCAACUGGUCUUAUGGGAUCCUCUGAUGCACGUUUUAUUAUUGAAGCUAUUAAUGCGGCGGCAGACGUCCUCCGCCUCGCAAUAGGCAGACUCCAUCCUUCAAAAGCCCUGUCAUACCUGCCACUCCGGUUCUUCCUCUACUUCAGCCACGCAGGGGUAUUCCUCCUUAAGGCAGCCGUGAUUGUCCCCCUUCCAGCAUCCCAAAAGCGAGCCAUCCUACGCUUAAUCCGCGCGCUCACAAAAUGCAUGGCAACCGCUUCCUCAGACCCUAAGCAUCCUGGCGUCCGCUACUCUUCUGCCUUACACAAUUUACUGGGCCGUAUAUACCGCGAUCAAGACCUGCAGACUCCAUCUCUUACCCGUCCGUCCUCGCCCAGGCCGGCUGCAAAUACCAGUGUGAACUGGUCCGACUCUAUGUCUAAUAACUUACUUGAUAGUAUUGGCGAGAGUGAUAACAGUCUUCCCGCCUUACUGGGCAAUAGGGAGUCUUCGUUUGUCGCUGAGCAGCCGUUUCAGGGUCUGGCGUCUGAUAUUGAUGCCCUUUUUGGCCUUGCGCCGGAAGAGUCGCCUUUGAACUCAGCUUGGGGUGGACCUUUACCUUCUGAGCCACUUGCGUCGCUGUUUGGGAACGAAGAUAGGGAGUUUUGGGAGCCUUUUACGUCCGGGGUUAUGGAUUGGAAUAUGGUAUAA